AUGUAAUCAUAAUCGUAAAGUAGAUAGAUGAAUCAGAUAAAUUAAAUGAAUUUUCUCCAACCUUUCAAUUAUUGCAUGUAUCCAUAUAGAGCACCUUAUUAUUAUAAUUUGUAUGCAGAUAACAUUCAUGAAUAGAAUUCAUCCACUGCAACAUACAAAUUAGAAGUAAUAUCAUGGUAUCUAUUUUUUUGAUUAAUAUUACAGGCUUUCUACACUGGAAUAAUCUGAAUUGUAUAAACUAUUUCAGAUUAAAGGAUAAAUAAAAACCUUUCCAAUAAUGAAAAUGUACAUAUAUGACAAACUAAAUAACCCUUCAAAUUAUGCAUUACUUUAACAGUUAAUAUUAAAAUUAUUUUUAGAGCAACAAUUAAUUUAGAGUCUAAAAUUGAUGAUUAGUUUAUGAUGAAGUUUAAAGCUCUACAUCCGAAGGCAGAAGUAAAUAAUUAGCAUAAUUAAUAAAGGAAUUGUAUUCUAAAUUGAAUAUAAUUGAUAAUGAAAAUUUUAUGGAUACUAUUUUCGUUGCUGAACCACAUUUGGAAAAUCUCAACUAUUUCUUAGAAUUAUUACAAGACCUUUCUGAUAAAUAUUUUCUAUCAGCAUCCCCAAAAAUAUCAUUAGAAAAAGCAGAAGACCCUAUUUGGUUUCAUUAGAACAGUUUUCAUAGUUGUGCAGUCUGGAUUAUUAAAGAAUUUGAAAAAAAUAUUUCCUUCCUUUAUAAUCUUCAUAGAGAGAAAAAGAAAAAAUAGAGAUUGUUUAGAGAGCCUAUCUAUAAAAAUACAUCAAAUGAAUUAAGGGAAUUCUUUUUAUAAAAUCUAGCUAAUAAUAAAGAAAGAGUAAUAUAAAAUUAUUUACUUUUAGUUAACCUUUUAUUUUUAGGAAAUAUAUUCAGAAAUUAAAUAAUAACCUGAUCAUUUAGAAAAUAAAUUUUAUGAAAAUAUAUUCUCUGGCACAGCAAUCAAAUUAUUGAAAUCAUAAGUUGAAUUAUUGUUAAAUUUUUAACAAAAAUGUCAUACAGAUACAAAUAUCAUUAAUUCAAUGUUAAUUACAUCUAUGAAUGAUUUAAUAGAUCAGAAAACAUAUAUAUUAAAAAAGUUUUAUAAAAUAGUAUAACAAUUAUUUUAAGAACAUUUAGAAUAAGAAUUAUUUAAGACUGAAAUUUAAGAUAAAAAAUAAAAAAAAGAUAAAAAAAAGAAGAAAAAGAAAUUCUAAAAAAUGUAAACAUUCAAAGGACUAGAUCCAAUUGAAUUAGAUAAAAGAUUAUCAAGCAAAAAUCUAUAAGAAUCAAAUAUAUUAAGAUUUUAAAGAUCAUAUUCAUAAAGCAAUCUAGCAUAUGCAUAUGUUACACCUCCCAAUACACCAUCAGCUUGGGAAACUAGUGAUGAUUAAAAGUAUUAAUUAUUCUUAUAAUAGUGAAUCUAAUAAAUUUUCAAACACAUAGUAAUAAUCAUAUAAAAUUUAAUGUGUUAACAAUUUAAAGACUAAUCUAAUCUAAACUGAAUAAAAAUGUAUUUCUUAAUAAUUUAUUAUAGAUUAGAAUAUUCCCAUUCAUGAUGAGUAUGUUGAUAUUGGUUAAGAAAUUACAAUCAAUAUUUUAGAAAUUGCAAUUAUAUCACUAAAUGAUGAAAAUUUAUAUAAAGAAUAAUGCUUGAAAGAGUAAAAAAGAAUGAAAAAAAAGUAAAAAGGAUUUUAAAAAUCUAUACCAGAAAGUAGAGAUGAACAAUUAUAAUUAUAAUCACCUUAAUCUGAAAUUACUAGAUUUUCUAUUGAAACUUAAGCAUAAACAAUUAAAAGUCAUUGUUCAAAUAGAACUUUUUCUACGUCAGAAGAAGAAGAAAUUAAAUAAAAAUCAAAUUAAAUGAAAAAUUCAAUUAAAAUAAAAAAAAAUAAUAAUGAAAAAUAACAAAAAUUUGCUAAAUUGAUAAAUUCAUUUAAGAUAAAUUAAUUUGAGGAUUAAUAAUUUUAAUAAGAUAUUAAUUCAAAUUCUAAUGAAAGUGGAUAAAUAUCUCAAAAUACAUUGGAAGAUGAAAUAACUCCGAAAAUUUAAAAGAAAAAUUAGUAAUUCGAAAAGAAAAAGAAUUUAUCCAUAUAAGCAUAAAAUUCAGAAAAAAGCUUGAAAGAGUAAUUAGAAAAUGUUAAAUAAAAGGGAAAAUAAAAAAUGAUUGAAUAAAUCAAUUUAGACAUUCUUGAUUUUACUGAUAAUAUUAUGAGUGAAUAUGAAGAUAUGCUCCCAUUUAGAUUUUUGGCUUUUGAGAGAGUUAAAUUAGUAAUUUAGAAGGUUUUCUUAGGUAUUCCAGAUGGAAUGAUAAUGUAAAUAUUUCUUUUUCUAUUUAGGCUCUUUGGGUCUUGUGCUACAGGAUUAGCUUUAAUAGAUUCGGAUAUAGAUAUUGGCAUUAAUGGAUUAGAAGUCUAUAAUAGAAAUAUGUUAAAAAGUCAUUUUGAUAACUUAUUUUUUGAAUUCUCCAGAAAAAAAUGGGUAGUAAAAGCAAAGUAUAUAUUAUAAAAAUAAUUAUUAGUCCAAUAUUUAAUUCAGCUGUUCCAAUUAUUAAAUUAGAAAUAGAUCCAUAAAUUAAUAUUUUUGAAUAUGAAGGUAGAAACUUAGAUGAAUAAUAAAUUUAAUAGUGGAAAAAGCUAAAGUAAAAACUAAAGAGUGGAAUAAAGGUUGACAUUUCAUUUAAUUUUAAUGGAAAUGCUAUUUAUUCUACACAUAUAGGUUCUAUAACUACUGAUUUAGUUAAAAAAUGGAUGGAAGAAUAUCCAUCACUAUAAUAGAUAGUCCUUAUUUUAAAAUCUAUGAUUAAAAAGCUAAAGCUAUCAGAAUCAUAUUCAGGUAAUAAUAUCAUUUGAUUAUAUUUUAGGGGGUCUAUCAUCCUACUCAUUAAUAAUUAUGGUUUAUUCUUAUAUGAGAGAAUAGAGAAUUAAUUCUAAUUUAAUUAGUGAACAAUUUAUUGAUCUGCUUAAUUUUUACGUAAAUUUAUUUGACUCCUCUUCUACUGGAAUAGGUCUUUUGGCAGAUAUAAAUAAUCCAAACUCUAGGUAUGUAAUUAUUCUAAUUUAGUUACUUUUUUAAUUUAUAAGACUAUUGCUUACCUGCUUUGCCGAUUACGAUAUUUAAUCCAUACAAUAGAAAAUUACUUACUCAUUCAUGUGUUCAAAUUAACAAGAUAUUUGAUUUCUUUAAAGGAAUUUUGAAGGAAUUAGAUGCAAAAAACGAUUUUUAUUGUAACUAUGUUGUGUUAGGAAAGAAGAAACAAUAAAAAUUAAAUAAAUCCUUAGAGAAUUUUAUUGUUAGCAUUUUGGAAUAAAUAAAAUGA